GACCCACCGGGAAUCCGAAAGUCCGAGGUCAGGUCCGGUCCUGUGCUGCAUCGCGGGCAGAGGCGUGUUCCUGUCCCGGGUCGGGGCGCCGGAAGAAGCUGAGCCCCACCUGCCAGCCGUGUCCGGAGGCAUCCGGGGCUCCCCAUGCGCACUCCGUGCGCCCCAUCUUUGCAGGCGCAGAGCCCGGGCUCUGGGCCCCGAGUCCGGGCUUGGCAAGGGAAGCCAGACGGCAGGAGCGCGUGCACGCGUGGGCCCACCGCGCGGCGCGCUCCCGAGGACAGGGAGCGUGUCCCCCAGGUCGGGCAGCGGCCGCCCGAGCCCACGUGCGGGCCCGGGAGUAGGGCGGCGAGUAACGGUGCGGAUGAGGCCGGAGGGAGCGGCGGGCCGAGCCUCAGUGUGAGGGGCUUUUGCUCAUGAAUCUUUUGCACUUAGAUGUUUAAAAAAUGCAGUAUUGAAGUUAUUUAUCUUGAUUCCGGGGCCUGUGGUGCUCUAUAAAGUUUAUGCUUGAAGCGAGACUCACCGACCUCAUUGUAGUCGGGUGACCCCGGGGAAAGAUUUUGACGGGACUCUGAGGGCAAAGGUCAAGUAUUUCGCACGUGAGCCUCGGGUACAAGACGUGGUUACCUGCAGAGAAGACACAGGCCGGAAGGCGGCCGGGGGAAGCGAGGGCCGUUGGCUUCUGGCCCUGAAGGUGCCCAGGCCUCAGGCACGCCGGGUCCCCGAAGACCGCCGUCCUGCACCCCCACCCCCCGAGGAGGCCGCGAGGGGUGCCCGGUGGGAGAGCAGGUACGACCGCCUCCUCGUGGCUCCAGGAGCGAGAGAGCUGAGCCUGACGGCGAGUGGGAGGAAGGAUACUCACAAGUGAUGCAAGAGAAAUUCCAGCAGCCAGCAGAAGUCAUGCGUCCCUCCACAGCUGCGAGCUGAGCGUCACGUUGCCCCAGCCGCUUCCAGGCGGAGGAGCCCGGCACCGCUCUCCGCCCGCGGACGAUGGCCGACUGCGAGUUCGAGUACACUCACAUGCUGGCCCAGGACUACCUGAAGUUCGUCCUGCAGAUACCACAGCCCGGACCUGGCCCGGGCAGAACGUCCAGACUGUUACAGGACGUCGCGUUCUCAGUCCAGAACCAAGUCGAGAGGAGUCUGCAGCCAUGCUUGGACCAUUUUGAUGUUGUGUCUGUAGCCAGUGCCAGAACAAUAUUCAAUCAAGUCAUGGAGAAGGAGUUUGAAGACGGUGUCAUUAACUGGGGACGGAUUGUGACCAUUUUUGCAUUUGAAGGUAUUCUCAUCAAGAAACUUCUCCAGGAGCGAAUUACCCCAGAUGUGGAUGCUUACAAGGAGAUCUCCUACUUUGUGGCUGAAUUCAUAAUGAAAAACACCGGAGAAUGGAUAAGGCAGAAUGGAGGCUGGGAAAAUGGCUUUGUAAAGAAGUUUGAACCCAAAUCCGGAUGGCUGACUUUUCUGGAAAUUGCGGGAAAGGUCUGUGAAAUAUUCUCUCUCCUGAAGCAAUGCUAUUGACUGAGGACACUGGAUAUUGCGAAACCCCCUAAUAGUCUCUACUCUUGCACAAAGUGUCACCAGCACUUAGUUCUACUUGUAAACAAACAACUUUGAUGAUGCAACUUGACGGUCUGGAGUUUUGGACAUUUUGUCCCCAUUUUAAUAAAUAAAUAGUAUUUGCCUCUGUA